ACCAACCAACCAACCAAAAAACAAACAACAGAACAUAGACCAAUGCACACAGCCGACCCCACUCUCCCCUCUGUAUUUGGCCGAUGAGAGAGCGCACUCUAGCGGUGGUAGCACAGAGCCAUGAAAUAUUCAACCUUGUAGACGGCGACCGGUUCGUGACGUCAUCGAAUUGCGCCGGAAAAAUGUGCAUUCGGGCAGAGAUGAAGGCGUAAUACAAAACCAAAAUGAUACCAAUACACCAUGUUACAUUAUCGUAACAGUUUUUCGGUUUCACGAAUGACGUAAAGACAUAGGAGAUUUUAAAUAUCUAUAUGUUUAUAUGAAGUCGUUUAAAACGGGAAAUAUAUGUCAACAUGUCUUUCUUUGUAGAUUCGGUAAUUAUGUUCACUUCCCAGGUGCUGUUUUUCGGAUUUGGUUGGCUGUUCUUUAUGCGGCAGUUAUUUAAAGAUUAUGAGGUGCGACAGUAUGUGGUACAAGUGGUUUUCUCAGUCACAUUUGCAUUCUCUUGCACAAUGUUUGAACUCAUCAUCUUUGAAAUCCUCGGUGCAUUAAGUAGCACGUCCAGAUAUUUUCACUGGAAACUGAAUUUGUAUGUUAUACUGCUGGUCCUAAUCUUUGUAGUGCCUUUCUACAUUGGCUACUUUGUGGUCAGUAACAUACGUUUGUUGCAGAGACAGAGGUUGUUGUUUUCAUGUGUCGUUUGGUUCACCUUCAUGUAUUUUUUUUGGAAACUUGGAGACCCUUUUCCCAUAUUAAGUCCAAAACAUGGUAUUCUGUCUAUAGAGCAGCUCAUCAGCCGUGUCGGGGUCAUUGGGGUCACAUUGAUGGCUCUGCUCUCCGGAUUUGGUGCUGUGAACUGCCCCUACACAUACAUGUCCUAUUUUCUGAGGAAUGUAACUGACAGUGACAUCCUGGCCCUGGAGAGACGUCUGCUUCAGACCAUGGACAUGAUUGUCAGUAAAAAGAAAAGAAUUGCUAUGACGAGGAGGCAGAUGUACCAGCGAGGAGAGGACCAAAACAAACAGACUGGAUUCUGGGGGAUGCUCAAGAGUGUCACUUCCUCUCCUUCAGGCAGUGAGAAUCUGUCUCUAAUCCAGCAUGAGGUAGAUGCUCUAGAGGAGCUCAGUAGGCAGCUCUUCUUGGAGACAGUGGACCUGCAGGCUACCAAGGAGAGGAUCGAAUACUCAAAGACGUUUCAAGGAAAAUACUUCAACUUUUUGGGGUACUUCUUCUCCAUCUAUUGUGUGUGGAAAAUAUUCAUGGCCACCAUCAACAUAGUCUUUGAUCGCGUGGGGAAGACUGACCCAGUAACGAGAGGGAUUGAGAUCACAGUCAACUACUUGGGAAUUCAGUUUGAUGUAAAAUUCUGGUCUCAGCACAUUUCUUUUAUCCUGGUCGGAAUCAUCAUCGUCACCUCCAUCCGAGGCCUUUUAAUCACUCUCACUAAGUUCUUCUAUGCCAUUUCUAGCAGCAAGUCAUCCAAUGUAAUAGUGCUUGUCCUGGCCCAGAUCAUGGGGAUGUAUUUUGUGUCCUCUGUGUUGCUCAUGCGAAUGAGCAUGCCCCUGGAGUACCGUACCAUCGUCACUGAGGUCCUGGGAGAGCUGCAGUUCAACUUCUACCAUCGCUGGUUUGAUGUAAUCUUCCUUGUUAGUGCUCUGUCCAGCAUCCUCUUCCUCUACCUGGCACACAAGCAGGCACCCGAGAAGCACAUGACCCUGUGACCUACUGAAUGACCUCAUCUGAGGGAAAUGGACUGAAGUGUUAAGCUGCUUCUUCCUUCUGGUUCUAAGAGGCCUCUUUUUUUAUUUCUACCAGAACUGAAUUUCCUGAAUCAGGAAGACCCAAGAUCGUGCUUGUUUGGUUUAAAGGUGAAGGGUAUUUGGUUGACUAGUCAAGUUAUUCUAGAGUUAAUGGUCCAUGAUGGUAUUUUGAUUGAAGAUUUUUCCACUAAAAAGAUUAGCAAGCGUUUUUUUUUAUGCUUUGUCUUUGUUCAUUGUAUCAGACAUGCAGUCAGCAUUGCUUGCAAUUUAGUCAUGGUUGGUUUUUACACUGUUCUUCUGUUAUAAAUACAAUGAUAAUUCAGUAUAUCAACUUGCAGUGUAUCAUCAUAUGCUUUUAUCACAAAUAAAACACUUGCAAAAUGGA